GCACAUUUCUCCACUGCAUCAGUCUAAAGGACACUUUCCUGGACCUUUCAAAGAGGAAAAACGAAAUAAACCUACAAAAAUACCCAAACCUCUGAAACGGAGCAGAAAUUGGCCCUUUCUUCAGUGGGAUGAAGCAUGUAAGGCAUUUCACCCCCUCCUUAUUUCUCAGUUUGGUGCACAUUUGCCUGGUUCAGGCAAAUUAUGCCCCCUAUUUCUUUGACAAUGGAGCCAGAAGCUCAAAUGGGAACAUGGCACUUCUCAGCCUUUCGGAGGACACACCUGUUGGUACCCAUGUGUACACUCUGAAUGGAACCGAUCCAGAAGGAGAUCCCGUGACAUAUGGCUUGGCCUAUGAAGCUGGAUCAAGACGCUACUUUUCUGUUGAUGAGAACUUUGGAAACGUUACGCUGAUUGAGGAGCUCGACAGAGAGAAGGAAGAUGAGAUUGAAGUUAUUGUCAGUAUUUCAGAUGGCCUGAGUACAGUUUCUGAAAAAGUCAGGAUCCUUGUGACGGAUGCUAAUGACGAGAGCCCAGAGUUCAUCAAUACACCUUACAUAGUCCAAGUUCCGGAGAAUGCUCCCUCCGGCAGCAGUAUCUUUAAGAUUGAGGCAGUGGACAAAGACACAGGUUCUGGAGGAAGUAUCACCUACUUCUUGCAGAACAUCCACGCUAAUAAGUUUACAAUAGACCGUCACAGUGGUGUCCUGCGCAUCAAAACAGGGAUCACCCUGGACUAUGAGAAAUCAAGAACACAUUUUGUUGUUGUUGUAGCCAAGGAUGGUGGUGGGAAGCUCAGGGGAGACAACAAAGUAUUCUCAGCCACAACAACAGUUACUGUUAACGUGGAAGAUGUUCAGGACACUCCUCCGAUGUUCAUUGGGACUCCCUACUAUGGAUAUGUCUAUGAGGACACGCUUGCAGGCUCUGAGGUCCUUACUGUUGUUGCUCUUGAUGGAGACAGAGGAAAGCCUAACAGUAUCCAUUACUGCAUUGUGAACGGAAGUGAAGGUUCAUUUGAAAUCAGCAACACAACUGGAGCCAUUUCUGUUAUAAAAAGCCCAAAUCAGCUCAAGAAAGAAGUGUAUGAACUAAAAGUUCAGGCAUCAGAAGUCAGUGAGGAAGGUGAAACCUCAGUGUAUGCUUUUGCCAUGGUGACUAUACGGGUGGUUGACCUCAACAACCAUCCACCAACGUUCUAUGGAGAAAAUGGUCCCCAGAACAAAUUUGAACUGACCAUGUACGAGCACCCCCCAGAGGGUGAAAUCUUGCGAGGAUUGAAGAUUACAGUCAACGAUUCAGAUCAGGGAGCCAAUGCUAAAUUCAACCUCCGACUUGUUGGACCUGGUGGCAUCUUCCGAGUGGUUCCCCAAACUGUCCUGAAUGAAGCGCAGGUUACAAUAAUAGUGGAAAAUUCUGCUGCUAUUGACUAUGAAAAAUUCAAGGUGUUAACCUUCAAGCUUCUUGCAAUAGAGGUCAACACACCGGAGAAAUUCAGCUCGACAGCUGACGUAGUGAUACACUUGCUGGAUACCAAUGACAAUGUCCCGAAGUUCUCCUCCGAUUACUACAUUGCCAGGAUCCCUGAGAACUCCCCAGGGGGCUCAAACGUAGUUGCUGUUACAGCUACCGAUCCAGAUUCAGGGCUUUGGGGAGAAAUCAAGUACUCUAUCUAUGGAACAGGAGCAGAUCUGUUCCUAAUCCACCCGUCAACAGGUAUAAUUUACACCCAGCCCUGGGCUGUAUUAGAUGCUGAAGUGAACUCAAAGUAUAAUUUCUAUGUGAAAGCGGAGGACACAGAUGGGAAAUACAGUUUGGCUGAAGUGUUUAUCACUGUGCUAGAUGUCAAUGACCACUCUCCAGAGUUCAAUGAAAACAUCCAGGAAAAGACGAUGAUCAUCGGGUCCCCGGUAAAGAUAGAGGCCAUAGAUCAAGAUGCAGAAGAACCCAACAACAUUGUGGAUUAUUCCAUCAUGCAAGCAGAUCCAGCCAAUGUGUUUGAUAUAGACCAAAGCACUGGGGAAAUCAAGCUGAAAUCCUAUAUCCGUUCCCUGGACAUCAUCCACAACAUCACAAAGAACAAAGACUGCAUAUGGUCACUGGUGGUGCAGGCCAAAGACCGAGGCUCCCCAUCCUUCAGUACCACAGCAGUUCUGAAGAUUGAUAUCACAGAAGAGACUCUUCACAAAGGGCCUAUGGCCGCCUUUUUGAUGCAAACUAAAGAUAACCCCAUGAAAGCCUUAGGAGUGCUAGCUGGUGUCAUGGGCAUAAUGGUGCUGAUAACUAUCAUGAUCUCUACUGCCAUGUUCUGGCGCAACAAGCGGUCCAACAAAAUCACGCCGGUAAGAAGGAUCAUAAAAAAGAGACAGAUCCCGCAGCCCCGGGCAGUCAGGAUGGAGUGGCUGAAGUUCAAGAGGCCCAGUAAUGCUGCGGAGAAGUUUGUCGUUGAGGAAGAUGCCAAGAGCCUGCACAACGAGAACAGCAACAACAACGUCCAGGUUGCCCCCGUGCCGCCAACUGCCCCUUUGCCCCCGCCACCCCCGACCCUGGCUCCCAGGGGGGAUGUUCCAGUGUGGACCGUGUCUGGCUCCCUCACCCCCAAGUACACAAACAAGCAGCCGAAGAAGAAAGGUCAUGGCAGCACCCACAACGCCCUUGUGUCAGAGCUCAAAAUGAAGUUUGAGAAGAGGAAUGCAUCUAUCGGUGAGCCCCAUAUCUAGGGGCUCCUGGCAGCCCCCAGAGACCGCAGAUUGUGGCUGUGCAUGGACAUAUUUAUGUGCUGUGGGUUUUUUUUGGUUUCUUUUUUCCCCCAUUUCUGUCAGCACCCUGUGAACUGAGAGCAGCUUCCUGCUGCAAUAGCCACCCCUCACCUUCUGCAAGUAUUACGUGCUACGGAGUCACCCCACCCAUACCAAACACUGCGGUCCAUGUCCAGUUGCGACUGCAGCUCCUUCAGCUCAUGUCCCAGUGCUGGUCCCUCCCUGCAGCUGUCUGACCAGCGUGCUGGGUACCCUCACGCCAGCCACAGCCUCCCCAAGUG